ACGUGAACUUCUCGGUUGAAGAGGAGACUAUAUAUUGAAAAUGGAUUAGGGAUACAGUAAUCACAGCUCUCUGUCAGCACCGGAUUCUUAGGAGACCGACUUUGGAGCACUCUUGUCACUCUUGGAUCAUGGAGUCGAAAAAGACUGUUUGGGGAAAUCUGCGAAACAAAGCAAAGCCUCUGUUCCACAUGGUACGGAGCAACAAGAAGAGUUCAAGCAAGCUGGAGGCCAGGCAGGAACGCAUGCUGGAUCAGAGGCUGAGCGCGUCCGUGCCAGACGUUAGACCCACGUGGCGCAAUUCCAGCCCUCUGAACUCCUCACUCCAGCAGGUAGACUUCCAGAGCGCACUUUACAGCAACUCCACCGUUUCCAACAAGAAGGAAAGGAGAGGGGGCGCUAUGGCGCUCUCUGACACACUGAAUGUACCUGUGGACACCACUGAUUGGGCCUCACAGGAGUCCAUCGAUAGAAUUUCUCACACCCCACAUGACCUCUCUGAGUGGCCAGAGGUUUCAGAGCACAUGGAAGAGGGGCAGCACAUAAGAGAGCCCACAUCAACACACCCACGUGAAUUCGCCUUUCUGGAGGAGCCAGAGGAGCAAAGACAAAGUCAGAAUUUUGACAAUGAUCCUGAAUCUUACACCCUUCACGAUAGUGAAAGUAACAAUAUCAUGGACAUGGGAAAUGAAGCAGCAGAAGGCCCAGAGAGUCUGAGGGAGUCUCAGAGAACUUACUUACUCACAAUCAACUUGAAGGAGGGGCGUGGCCUGGUGAUCAGAGACCGCUGUGGUACAAGUGAUCCGUAUGUAAAAUUCAAACUAGAUGGCAAGACUCUGUACAAAAGCAGAGUCGUGUACAAGAACCUCAACCCGACCUGGAAUGAGUCCUUCACUUACCCUCUAAAAGACCCGGACCAUGUACUGUACGUUAAGGUUUAUGAUCGGGAUUUAACUACAGAUGACUUCAUGGGUGCCAGCAGUGUUGUCCUGAGCAACCUGGAGCUUGACAAGACGACGGAGAUGGUGCUACAGCUGAACGACAGUAACAGCCUGGAAGAGGACAUGGGUGUUAUUGUUCUUGACGUUUGCCUGUCUGUGCGAGAUGGUCAAAACAAGACCAAAAAAAAAAAAAAAAGAAGGAAAAAGGCGAAAUGGAUGGGAUCGACCCAGAACCGGAAGGUGUGCGAGUCUCUCAAGAAGAGUCAGAUAUGGACCGGAGUUCUGACCAUAACACUAGUGGAGGGGCAGGAUUUACCCGAGGAUGGGCAGGGAGAUGUUUUCGUGCGAUUCAAACUUGGGGAACAAAAAUACAAGAGCAAGAGUCAAUGUAAAAAGGCCAAUCCUCAAUGGAGGGAGAGGUUUGACUUCAGUCAAUACCCAGAUGGGCCCAAUGUCCUUGAAGUCGAAGUCUGGUGUAAAGAAGGUCGGAAAUAUAAGGAAUGCUACGGAAUGUCUGAAGUGGACCUGUCUGGACUGCCAGUAAACCAGUCUCAGUUGUACACUCAGUCUCUGGAGCGGGGCAGAGGCAGGGUGGUGUUCCUUGUAAAUGUCAGUCCUUGCGCCGGAGUCUCCAUAUCUGACCUGUGUGCACCACCUCUGGAUGAGCCCAGCGAGAGAGACAAUAUGCUGAACAAAUAUAGUCUUAGAAAUUCCUUGAAUAAGAUUAGAGAUGUGGGUUUUCUUCAAGUCAAAGUGAUCAAAGCCACGGACCUCAUGGCUGCUGAUUUAAAUGGCAAGAGUGACCCUUUCUGUGUGUUAGAGUUGGGAAACGACAGGCUACAAACUCACACCAUCUAUAAAACGCUCCACCCUGAGUGGAAUAAGAUAUUUACCUUACCCGUUAAAGACAUUCAUGACAUUUUGGAGUUGACGGUCUUUGAUGAAGAUGGAGACAAAGCCCCAGAUUUCCUGGGAAAAGUAGCUAUUCCUCUUCUCUCAAUACGUAAUGGGCAGCAACUGGCUUACCCACUGAGAAAAGAGAAUUUGGGUGGGCCUUCAAAGGGGACCAUAUACGUGGAGCUUGAAGUCAUCUUUAAUCCAGUUAAAGCAAGCAUCAGGACUUUCAAUCCAAAAGAGAAAAAGUUCACUGAAGACAAUCCCAAGUUUUCCAAAAAGAUCCUUACGAGGAAUGUUGUUCGUGUGCGGAAUCUCAGCAGGGCAGUGCUGCAAGUCCAUCAAUACAUUAAGAGCUGUUUCCAAUGGGAGAAUAAAAAGAGGAGUAUCAUAGCUUUUGUGACUUUUCUGGUCACAGUUUGGAAGUGGGAAUUUUACAUGUUGCCACUCUUCCUGAUCAUGUUGUUCUUGUGGAACUACAUCCAACUUGCCACUGAGAGGGCCUACCAGGAUUUCGACCAGAUGGAUCUUGGUGAUGAUGAUGAUGAUGAUGACAAGGAGUCAGAGAAACGAGGCCUGAUAGAGAAAUUCCACAUGGUACAGGAUAUUGUCAUUACUGUCCAGAACCUUCUGGAGGAAAUAGCAUGCUUUGGCGAAAGAAUAAAAAACACGUUUAACUGGUCAGUACCAUUCUUAUCCAGUCUUGCUUUUCUGGUUCUCUUCAUUGCCACAGUCAUCACAUACUUCAUUCCGGUGCGCUACAUUAUUCUGCUGUGGGGGAUUCAUAAAUUCACAAAGAAGUUACGAAAUCCAUAUGCUAUUGAAAACAAUGAACUGAUGGAUUUCCUUUCAAGGGUGCCUUCAGACAUCCAAAAGGCUCAGUACACAGAGUUGAGAACCAGCAGCAGCCACAGUCCUAUCAGAAAAAAGAGGCACACCUCAUAGAUCAACAAGGAUGCCAAUGAUUAAACCCGAGUGUCAUAUCAUCCUGCCCUCCAUGUUAGAUGUGGCCUGAAUUACUACUCCAGAGUUACUGAGAAUCAAAGAUGACAGAUAUACUUUAUCAAAAGAGGCACAAACAGCUUGUUGUUGAACUACUGCAAUAUCACAUCCUAUAUCACUCUGUCCAAAGAAUGUUUCAUCUGGCGAGAGACUGCAGCAUGGCUUACUGUGCUGUUCCUUCAUUCUUUCUUUCUUUCUUUUUUUUUUUUUCUUUUUUUUGUACCUAUGUUGUCUUAUAUCAUGCCUUUUAUUUCUUUUACAUUCUUGUUUUGGGUUGAACUUAUCACAUUAUAUCAACUCUCAAAAUGUCAGUGAGCUGAGUGACAUUCAAACUACUGUGAUAUAUGAUCAUUAUUUACUGUUGAAGAUUACUGAUGUCUUUUUAAUGCCUUUUGGCUCAAGGGGAUGUAUACAUUUUUAGAAAGUUUGCUCUCAUUUUUAAACAAAGCUGCAACUCAUCAUAGAGUAACCCUGUUGAUUUUGCACAUAAAGUUGGUUGUUUCUGUGUAGAAUUUCUUUUGUCUGUCUACAGUUUCAGAUAACAUAAUAUAUUUUAUUGGUGUACAGUGUUUUUUUUUUCUAAAUACCAAAAAGAGGGAA